UCUGGUUUUGCGUUGUCUCUGGUUGUUUCUGAAUUCUGUGAAAUUCAACUAACAAGCUAAACAAAUUAUUUAACGCAACUAAAAACCAAUUGCGUCGCAACUUAUCGCAGUGCUCGGGACAAGUGAACAGAAAUUCCAAAAUUUGGCAAAUCAUUUGUAACAGAAACGUGCGUUUACGUCGGGUUGCCAGAGUGUGUGCUGCUGCGACGAAUUCCAGUGUGUGAGAUUGUGUGUGUGGUGAAUUUUGGCUCUCCCCCAACAUUCCACCGCCAUCCCCCCACCCUUAACGGCAGCGGCGUGCAAAAAGCAAAAUUUUAGUGCAAAUAAAUUGCUUUGCUUAUCUCGGCGCGCGCGCUCGCUUGAUAUGGCUAAGUGUGCGUGUGCGUAUGCGAGUGUGUGUGUGUGUGUGUGUGUGCUGUGUGUAAGCUUGAGUGUUGUUAAUUAAUUUACAAAGCCGCCAGCGUCAGGCUCGAGUGUGCACUCUUGCAAAUAACAUAUACAAAUUUUGUGAGUUUGUUGAUUUGGCAGCAAAAAAGAAAAUGUUACGCGUGCUAUAAACAAGCGCGACUACCCCCAUUGUGACCAACGCGCGCGUUCCACUAAACAGAAAACAGCCAACAACAACAACAAUAACAAUAAACGCAGAAGGUGCUGGCGGUUCGUGUACUUGAAAACGAAAGUUCUUUUGCAUGCAAACGGUUGCGCAUAAAAAAAAACCAUACACACACACACGCACGCCAACACAUACACACUCACACAGACAGUGCUCGCAAAUCGCAAAAAGAGAGAGAUAGAGAGCGCAGCUGAGCACAGCAAAAGAUAGAGAGGAGGCGCCGUGGCCACUUGGCCUUGAACUUGUGCGGCGCGGGAGCGCAGCGAUUGAUAUUUAAUGAAGAAUUCCACAGACUGCAGCCGGAAUAUUGAAGUUACACAAUUCGGCAGCAGAGCGAACGCGACGCAGCGCGACGUCAGAUACGACGUCAAUUGACAGCGACAACAACUGAAUCCAAGCAUCAUCAGGAUAAAAUAAUAAUAAAACACCUUUAAGUACACACACACACACACACAUACCCAAACACACUCACUCACACACUCCAGUGGCUUAAGAGCAUUCAUUUUGCCAUAUGCAACAAAUAAUACAAAUAUACAGAUAUAUAGAUAUAAACAGAUAUAUAUAUAUGGCUGUAAUUAACAUGUUAACUGGCACUGGGAACGUUGGACUAUAUCUUUUUUGGACUCUUUGAUGUUGCUCAAACAACGGCAUUUGGCAGCAAAACUUUUUGUACCUGUUGUUUUGCGCACGCAAAAGGAAACUUGAAAUAGAUACCUGAGAAUACACUUUAUACUGCAACAAAUAUAUUUAUUUAACAUACAACAAAACAAUCACAAGAGCAAACAAUAAAUAAAUAAAAACAAACAAACAGACAAACAAAACAAACAUUUUGCCGUUUCGAGAAGCCGUCCAGCAGUUAUAUACAGAGCCAACUAUAUAUAUAUAUAUAUAUACAUAUAUAUAGAGAGAGCGAGUUAUAUGUAUAUCAAAUAUGCCCAACGUUUGCCAGAGCAACAACAAGGAGUAAGGCAACUGCUGCCUUACAUUUAAGCCAACAACAGCAACAACAACAACAACAACAGCAACAAUAACAAUAGCAGCGGCAACAGGAAGUGGAACAACAACAACAGCAGCAAGGAAAUAUUAUUAUUGUUAACAGCAUUUGGGCGUAUCAAAUCGAAAUCUGUUGCCAUGGGUCGCAAAAAAAUUCAGAUAUCACGCAUCACCGAUGAACGCAAUCGACAGGUGACCUUCAACAAGCGCAAGUUCGGCGUCAUGAAGAAAGCCUACGAGCUGUCCGUGCUGUGUGACUGCGAAAUAGCGCUGAUCAUCUUCUCGUCCAGCAACAAGCUCUAUCAGUAUGCCAGCACCGAUAUGGAUCGUGUGCUGCUCAAAUACACCGAAUACAAUGAGCCACACGAAUCGCUGACCAACAAGAAUAUUAUUGAGAAAGAGAACAAAAACGGCGUCAUGUCACCGGAUUCACCCGAAGCGGAGGCCGACUAUACGCUCACCCCGCGCACCGAAGCCAAAUACAAUAAGAUCGACGAGGAAUUUCAGAAUAUGAUGCAGCGCAACCAAAUGGCUCUUAGUGGUGUUACGGGGGGCGGUGGUGCCGGCGGCGCCGGAGGCGGAGGCGGAGGUGGCGGCGGUGGAGGUGCACCGAAUCGAGCCAUGCCAAAUACAAGCUAUACAAUGCCAGUAUCGGUGCCAGUGCCGGGCUCCUACGGUGAGAAUCUGCUGCAGGCCAGCCCACAAAUGUCCCACACAAACAUCAGCCCACGUCCAUCGAGUUCGGAGACGGAUUCAGGUGGGAUGUCCUUAAUAAUCUAUCCAUCGGGUACCAUGUUGGAGAUGUCAAACGGUUAUCCACAUUCACAUUCGCCGCUUGUGGGAUCACCCAGUCCAGGUCCCAGUCCUGGCAUAGCGCAUCAUUUGCCCAUUAAGCAACAAUCGCCGGGCAGCCAGAAUGGAAGAGCUUCCAAUUUGCGUGUCGUCAUACCGUCCACCAUAGCGCCGAAUAUGUCGGCGACAGCGGACGAUGUCGCCUAUGCAGAUCAGCGCCAGAGCCAGACGUCGCUGAAUACGCCGGUGGUGACGCUGCAGACACCGAUGCCGCCGCUGGCGAGCUACUCGUUUGGGGCGCAGGACUUUUCGCAAUCGGGUGCGAUGAGCGCGGACAUAAUGGGCCUGCCGCAGUGGCAUCAGGGUCUCGUGCAGCACACUAGGUGGGUAGUCCAGGCCCCGAGCCCGGCGAAUAGCAGCAGCAGCAGCCCCAGCAGGCAAACACUUAACGGCGACCAACAUCAUAAUCUGCCUUGCAGUCUAUCCCAUCUGGCUGUCUCGAAUAGCACACCGCCGCCCGCCACCUCACCCGGCUCCAUUAAGGUCAAAUCGGAGCCGCAAUCGCCGCCACGUGAUCUCUCUGCCAGCGGCAACGGCGGCAGCGGCGGUGGCGGUGGUGGCGGUGGCCAUCAGCAUAACAGCAAUGGCUCCACGGGCAGCGGCUCCAGCAGCAGCAGCAACAGCAGCAAUGUCUCAACAACGGGCGGCGUCCUUACCGCCAUCAAUGCCAUCACACAGCUGGGCGGCGCCGGCGUCGGCGGCGGGGGUGGUGGGAGCAACGGCAGCGCCGAUCAGGCCACCAAUCUGAGCGUUCUAAGUCAUUCGCAACAGCAUCUGGUCAUGUCCAAUUCGCGGCCCUCGUCCACCGGCCACAUAACACCGACUCCAGGGCAUGAUAAGUAUGAAGGAUAUCAGUACCGCGCGCUUAUGGGACAUAAUCCUAGAUGGAAUUUUGCCGAUUUUAUUAUCUUGAACGCAGGUGCGCCCAGCAGCGAGCAGGAUGUGCGCUUAGCAGCAGUUGCUGUGCAGCAGCAGCAGCAACAGCAGCAACAACAACAACAGCAACAACAACAGCAGCAACAACAGCAGCAACAUCAGCAACAACAGCAACAACUAAGCGACUAUGAUGCGCCCAAUCACAAAAGGCCAAGAAUAUCUGGCGGCUGGGGCACAUAGCCGGCACGUGGCGCU